UAGCAGUGACUGCAGAGUAGCUAACACAGUCCUUUGACAGGAGUGUGCCCAUCCCUCAUUGGUCCAUGGCUUGCUCUGACCUCACAAGGAGCCACUGUGAGGAAUGACUGAAACCUGAGCAUAUAACACACUGCCUAGGGCUGGGUUUUGUCCUUCUAGUACAGAGAGCUGUUGGGUGGUGAUCUGUGGGACUUAGACGUGGAUGAAAGUUUUGGACCUGGAUAUUGGUGAAGUUUUGGACUCGGAUGCUGGUGACUUGUUGUACUUGACAGAUUCGUGUUGGUACAAGCAUUUAUAUCAACAAAGAUGAAGAAGUGGGAAAUGGCUCAAGGCAAAGUCCUACAGUACAACUCCUUUGAUGAAGAGGCUUUAACGAAGCACUAUAAAAUCCUAAAGACCCUUGGCCGAGGAGCAUUCGGAGAAGUAAAAUUGGCUAGCCAUCUACUCACCCAGACAAGUGUAGCAGUAAAAGUUCUUCCAAAAGGCACAAGGAAGAGCUUCAUCAAAUCAGAAAUUGAAAUAAUGAAAUCUCUAGACCAUCCCAAUAUUAUUAAACUUUUACACAUAAUCGACACCACAAAUAACACUUACAUGGUUAUGGAACAUGCCACAGGGGGAGAGCUAAUGAACAGGAUUGUGGAGUUUGGCUACCUACAGGAGGAGGAAUCCCGUAAGGUAUUUAAACAGAUGGUGUGUGCCCUCCAGUAUUGUCACAGGAAAGGGAUUGCUCACAGGGAUCUAAAGCCCGAAAAUAUUUUAGUGGAUGGCAAAGGCAAUAUAAAACUCAGUGAUUUUGGGCUGGGCACCAAGCUUACCAUGGGGCAGAAGCUAGCAUAUUUCUGUGGGACCCUUCCUUAUUGUGCCCCAGAACUCUUUGAAGGUGGAGGCUACGAUGGCCAAGCAAUCGACAUCUGGAGUUUGGGGGUUGUUCUCUACUUUAUGUCAACAGGGUGCCUCCCUUUCAAGGGAACUACCUUUGGAAUACUAAAGGACAAAAUCUUGUCAGGAAAGUACUCUCUUGAAUUCAAGUUGUCGCCAGAGCUUUGGGAUGUUAUUGCUAAGUUGUUAACUGUAAAUCCUGGACAAAGACCAAGAAUAGAUGACGUUGUAGGCUUUCAAUGGCUAAAGCAUGGCAGUGAAGGUUCUCCCAAACCCUUUAGAGAGAACAAUGAAGACAGCUACCCAGACCCCACUGUGAUGGUCAUCAUGGGCGUCAUGGGUUAUAAGCAAGGAGAGAUAAUGGAAUCUUUACAGGAGAAGAAGUUUGAUCAGGUGAUGGCCACCUACUUGAUCCUUAGGCAGCAGUCACCCUGGCAAGACGACUUGAUAAAAGAUCUUCAGCCCAAGCAGUCUUCUAGAAUUUUGAACGUUACAGGCCUUCCCACAAUACCUAAAGUGGCUCUAAAGAGGGGAUCUAGUGUCCCUAUCCUUCCCACUUUUUCCAUUUUGCCCACUCUACCUGAGAGUCCUGAGAACGACAAAAAGGGGAGAACACGGAACAGUAUGCCUCCCACCGUGAACUGCCCUAACAAGAAAAUAGCCCCAGUUCCCAGAAUCUGCCCCCAUCGUGUACACGAGGCUAACUUCAUGAAUAGCACUUGGGGGGAUACAGUGAGCACUAUUAACACCUCUGAUGAAAUAUGUACCAGAAUGUCUUCAGCACUGGAAACUUAUUCUAGUAAAUUAUCCCUGGAUAUGUCCAAAGCUGGCCCUAACAAAUCAAAGAACAAGGCGUCCUCACAGGAGGUUUUAUCUCAUCACACCCCAAUGGAGAAAGUUCAGUGCAAUGACGUCAACAUACCAGGUGAAAAUAUUGCCUCAUCUCUCCCACAAACCUCACCUCAGGAGGACCUCAGAGGACAGCCCCACAGUGUGGCUACAGCUAGUCGGAGAGAUAAAAAUAUCAGCUCAUCUCUCCCACAAACUGUACCUCAGGAGGACCUCAGGGAACAGCCCCGCAGUGUGGCUACAGCUGCUUCAAAGAGCAACAUGACCUCACAGGAUAGAUCACCCCCAUUCUCCAGCAAGGAGGCCCAGGAUGAGGGUCUCAUUGUACAAGAAAAAGACCUCAGCCCAUCCUCCCCAGAAACACCCCAGGGACACCUCAGUGGCCGAAGCCAGACUGCACCCAGAGCCCCCUUUAGAAAGCGCAUUUGGAAGAGCCUACAGAGCAGGAUUAUAAAAGGCCUGAGAAGUUUAUGUUGCUGCCUACCAACGGAAAAGAGGGAGCGCGUAGGCUGCAACAAAAUCCUGCCUGUGAGCUUAAAGGACCACGGAGGCAGCCAAGGUGACAGUGCUGUUGGAGGCACUGUGCUCCCUGCAAGCUGAAACUAGGGAGUGAAGAGCAGCAUGCUGAGGAUGCACACGGGCACUGGAGAGAGCCAGGUAGGUUCAUGAUGGCUGGUGGUGCCACAAUUGUGCCAGUAAAGUGAAGCACUCUGUGGGACCAGAAGUCCUUUAAACAAGGAUCCAUGGAGUGCUGUGACCAUUAGAAAAACAGGCCUCAGAGGACCUUCCACGCACAGAGAGAUCGUCAGUCCAGCUACCUGUCUCCAGGUGUACCUGUGAGCCAUUAGAAGAGACAGCGACUCUGGAAGCAGAGGAGGACUCCAGAGGCCUGACCCAUUUGUAUGUGUUCAAGAUGAAGAUUGCUGACCAGGUUGGAGCCAGAAACAGAGGGAUGACUUUGCAGGGAGUGUCCAUCUUGUGCUCAUUUGGGAAGGUAGAGUGUGUAGGAACAGGAGCCACGUGAAGCCAGCACAUGCCACGGUGCACAUUUUGCCCCAGGGCAUCCGUUCCUGUGCAAGGGACAUUGCUGUUGCUGAGGCUUUGUGUCCCCAGGCAGCAGGCUGGGAAAGACCUUUGCUGCCUGUGUGACCCUAUGCUGGGGCUACCUGAGAGACUCCUGGGACUACACUCAGCAGGGGACAUUUUCAACUGGAUGGUGCUUAGAGCAAGAGAUGCCAUUUAUGCCCUAACACACUGGAUGGAAGAGGGACGUACAGGUCUCCUUGAUGGAGGAGGCUUCUUCUGAUUGACAGAGAAGUUGGGCCAGAGACUUACAAGCAGAUGGACUAAAGAGGAACAAGGGAAAAUGUCUACUGAUCCAGGUGAAGAUCAGCUAUCGAGGACAUGCUGAGAGAGCUCGGCAUAAGAUUGCUCUGCAGAAGUGUUACCAAGAAAGACAGGCACUAGACAAAAAGAUAUAUGGCACAAAUAUCUCUGAAUAAAGAGACUGUUUUCUUGCUACAAUAAAUUCCUUUGUACAUUUGAA